AUGCAAAUUGAGGGCGACCAGCGUCAAAGUUGUGCACUGACUCGAGCAGUUAAAAACCUCUGCCAACGCCCCAGGGACUCACUGAGGAGUCCAGACUCUAGCCUGCAGAACGCCAUGUCCACACAACACUCUGCAGACCCACACGGGGAAGAGAAACGCUCUGACUCGCCGUCAUCCCUGCAUUCUCAGCAGUCCUGCAGUCUCCUACAGAUUGACGAUGUUUACGACAGGCUUGUCGGUUCACACGGACUCUGGCAAGUCAUGAUUGUCAUACUUGUCUGCUUCUCGACGCCCUCCGCCAUCACCUUUCCGGUGUACGCAAACGCCGUACCUCGCUAUCGGUGCAAAAUGGAGCCAGUCGUGGAGGCAUUCUUCGCAGGAGACGCCAACCGACCUGCUCUCAGCUUCGACGAAGCUGCCGCUCUUGUAGGUCCUUGGCCCAGAGAUCCUAAUGACGAAGGCCUGCAUCAGGGACUGUACGGUUGUCAACGUUACCAGAUCGCCAACAAAACAGUGUAUUUGCAGGAGCUCUUCAAGAACAGAACGCUGCUGUUCGCAGAGAACAGCAGAACUGAGGCCUGUCCCUAUGGACAUGUAUUUGACCCAUGGGAGCACCAGUACCCAAGCAGCAUUGUGGCAGAGUGGGACCUUGUCUGCGAUCAGGCUUGGAAAGUACCCUUCAGCACGUCAGUUUACAUGGUUGGGAUGAUGAUAGGUUUUAUGCUAGGCGGUGUCCUAGGCGAUCGCCUGGGACGGAAGAAGGCCAUUUACAUGGCAACCUUUUUAGAGUGCGGUUUUGGCCUGGCGGUCUCCUUCUCACCCAACUACGUCACUUACACGAUCAUGCGAGCCCUGCUAUCAAUAAGCUGCACAACUAAGGUGACUUCAAUCACCGUACUUUUGGUAGAGAUGACCAAUGCCCGCUACAGGUCAAUCUUUGGCGCUCCCUGGGCCCUCUAUUUUAACUUUUUAUGCCGCGCUAUCCAUGCUUUAGCGGCCAUGUACAUACAUAACUGGCGAUAUUUGCAUCUGAUUGUGGUCGCACCACCAUGUUUCGGUGUCGUUUUGCUCUACUUUCUACCCGAAUCACCCCGGUGGCUCGUCUCACAAAAUCGGUUAGAUGAAGCUGUUUCCACACUCUACAGAGCCUACAAAAUCAAUAAUCUAUUAUGUAGCAAGCGACGACCAAUCAUGACCAGAGAUGAGUUUGCCAAGGAACUAAACUACGAGCCAACACCGGUUUGCCGACGAUCUCUGAUCCAACGCCUCACUCAACGCUGUGGACGGUGUCCUCAACAUUGUGAUCAGACAGUGUGUUUGAAGGCAUGUGAGGCUGUCGCCGGACCCUACCAGACCGCGGAGAUAGCCAAGCGAAGCAUCCUCUCGACUUGCCUAUUUGCUGGACAGUUGUGUUGCUUCUUCGGUCUUCUCUACUACACCCGAGUUAUUCGGGGUUCUAUCUACUUAAUAUCCUUUGUCAAUGCUGUCACAGCAGUGCCUGCUUCCAUCCUCUCUACCAUCCUCUACAGUUGCCUGCGAAGCCGCCGCAAACCACUAGUAGCUCUCUACUCGAUAGCAGCAGUCAUACUACUCAUUGGCAGCCUCUAUACAGUCAUCAUUCAACCCUCUUCAGAGCUGGCGCUUGUUGUCUCCUGCAAUCUAUCUCUCGCUCUGCUGGGUGCUGCCUUCAACAUGAUCUUCAUCUAUGUGCCUGAACUGUUCCCCGCAGUCAUUCGGACCAAGGCGCUGGGCAAUGCAUCUGGUCUGGGACGGGUGGGCAGUAUAAUAUGCAGCUUCAUUAACGAACUCGAUCAGAAAUUUAGGCAUGGCCUUCCAGUCGUCAUCUACGGCUCAAUUGUUCUAGCGGAGGUGAUGCUACUUUACUGCAUUCCGGACACAACAGGAGAUAAUAUAAAGGACAAAUUGGAUGAUGACACAUCAGAGGCGAAAGUAGAUGCUUGA